CUGCCCUGCGCCGGGAGGUUGUCGUGCCCUGAAGUUCGUUAGCGUUAACGAGGCGCGCUCCCGGCCCUGUGGUCCUGCUGUGUGUCCCUGGACCGGGCUCCGGAGGGACUGGACGCUCUUCCCUUUGGAAAACACCCGUCUUUAGUGCCGGAGAGCUGUCCCUGUUCGAGCCAGAGCUCGAGGUGCCUUUGUGCUGAAGAAGGGGGUGUGAAGGCUCUGCCCAGAGGGACUCAGACCCAGGAUCCCCGGCCUCACACGCGCCCUGCGAGACGGCAGCCGGAACUGCUCCAGCGCAGUAAGAAGGAUUCUCUCUUGCUGGGGCCCGGAGCCGAUGGCCAACAAUGUCAACAACUAACAACAUAGCGCAGGCCCGGAAGCUGGUGGAGCAGCUCCGCAUCGAAGCCGGCAUCGAGAGGAUCAAGGUCUCGAAAGCAUCUUCCGAGCUAAUGAAUUACUGCGAGCAACAUGCCAGGAACGACCCGCUGCUGGUUGGGGUCCCCGCUUCCGAGAAUCCCUUUAAGGACAAAAAGCCCUGUAUCAUCCUAUAGCUCUCCCGGCUCCGGCACGUGCCAUCUCUCAGGCCGGGCACCGAUCUCCAGCCACCGAAACCAAGCGACAAAACCCACAACCGCGCCGAGGGGUAAACACUAAAACGUUGGAUUCGGAUAGAACUUAAAUUUCUCACACACACACACAAAAA